GACGACGACAUUUUUGUUUUUAACGCGGAAUGUGAAAAGAAUAGAACGACUUAAGUAUUCUUCUUUCAUCAAACGAUAACAGCAGUUUAUGAAUGUUUGCGGUUGCGGGUGACAUAAUGGACAUAUCAAUCUCGGCAGAUCCUUCCCUGGGACUAAUCGGUGAGGGCCAAUCAGAAACAAGUAUAGUACUCAAGUGUUUUGACUGACUGGAGUGUUGACUUUUCAUUGUGUCGUCUGCUGCUGGAACGGUGGCAAGCUGGCAAGCUGCUGUGCUGCUCUUCUAGCUGAAACUCCAAGUUAAGUAGAGAGGAAAAAAGUUUACUAGUGCGCAAAAAAGAUAUAAGUAUAAAAUGGAAAAUACAAGAAAUGUAUUGGAUUUUUUCCAAAAAAUUGUGAAAGAAGAGCCGGAUGUUUCAGCAGCUGUUGCAGCUAUCCGCACAUUAAUGAAUAUAUUGGAAAACUUUGGUGAUGGUGAAACUCUUCGUGGAUUGUCGGAAGAACUGAGAAAAGCAACAGAAGAAAUGAAGAAAGCUGAAUGCUCAAUUACAUCAGUUCAAUCAGGCUGUGAACUGUUUCAACGGUUUAUCACACUUACUUCUCUUGAACAAUCAAAUUUCAAAGAUUGCAAGGAGAUUAUGAAGAAACGAGGAGAAAUUUUUCUAAGGAAAUUACAAGAGGCUAGACCUAAAAUUGCAAGACUAGGGGCUCCUUUUAUUCUUGAUGGACACAAAAUCCUCACUCACUCCAAAUCAAGAGUGGUUCUACAAACACUAGUUGAAGCAGCUGUUAUAUCCAAAAAACGUUUCCAUGUUUUCAUCACUGAAUCUCACCCGGAUCUAAGUGGUGUCGCUAUGAGAGACGAGCUAUUGAAACACAAUAUUGGUUCGACUCUCAUUUUGGAUUCGGCCAUGGGUUAUGUCAUGGAAUCAGUGGAUUUAGUGCUUGUUGGAGCUGAAGGUGUUGUUGAAAGCGGAGGCAUUAUCAAUAAGAUUGGAACAUAUACUAUGGCGCUGUGUGCCAAGGAAAUGCACAAACCCUUUUACGUUCUCGCUGAGAGCUUCAAAUUUGUCCGUCUCUACCCGCUGAACCAACGCGAUUUACCCCAAGAACUGAAAUUCUCGUCAACUAUUAUUGAAUCCAAUCAUUCUAAUCUUCUCGAUCAGCAUCCUCAAGUUGAUUACACGCCACCAGGAUAUUUGACUUUGCUUUUCACAGAUUUGGGAAUUCUCACUCCAUCAGCCGUCAGUGAUGAAUUAAUUAAACUUUAUCUAUGAAAGAGAGUCGUCUAAAUAUAAAAACAUCGAUAAAUGUGUAAAUAAAAUACACGUUCAUGUCACUUUU